UUAUUAUAAAUUUGUUUAAUAAUUAAUUUAAGUUUUUUAACUUAUAACUUAUAAGUAAUUGAUCUAACUUCUAAUGUUUACUUUUCAGCUUAAAGCUUAAACUUAAAACUUUUAGAUAAUUAAUUAAAUAUUGUAUUGCCUGUGCUUAGAGAUUAAAAAACCCAAUACUAUCUAUUUCAACUUCGGAGAAUUUAAUAAAAUCGUUAUGAAUUUGCUUGUUUGGUCAAUUAUUGUUAGUUUUUAUAAUAUGUUAUCCAUCAAAUUUAUUCCAAAGUUUAUAUUAUGGUUUAUGAAUAUCAGUAAUGAACAUCAAAAAAUAGCAGACGAAAUAUCAUUGCUAAAAGAAGAACAAUCCAAAAUUCUAAUUGUUAAAGAGUUUGCUAAACAUACAAAAUUACAACGAAGAAUCAACAAGUUGAAUGAACAAUUAAAAAACCACAUAAUAGAAAAUUCAUCUAAAAAUUUAAAGAUCAAAUUCAUCUGUAAAGUGUCUUUAUAUGUUUUCUCCGUAAUUUUAAAUCUUUUAUUUGUUUAUUACAACUAUAAUAAAACUGUUUUGAGAGAACUUCCAACUAAUUGGUUUGUACCAUUAUCUUGGUUAGUUCGAUGGCCUUCCUCACAAGUUGGUACAAUGAGUUUUGUCUUUUGGUAUAGUAUCACAAAUUGCGUUGCAAAGGUGACAACUAAUAAUAUAUUAUGAUUAGAAACAAAAGUUGUUAAUGUUAUUGAGUGAUGACUGAUCUUUGUGUAAAUUAUUAAGCAUGUGAAUUUACGAUAAGUCGAUAACACUUAAUUGUGUGGGACUAUAUUAGUAAUACAAUUGAUAAGUGUUAAGGAUUUGUUUGGUAAAUCCUGUAAUUUGAAAUUUCCCAGUUUGUUACACUUAUUUAUUUCCAAUUUGUUUUCAAUUAUUAAAACUAAAAUUUAUUCUUGUAUCAGAGGAAAAUGUAUUUUAUAGGGUGCUUAUACAAUUUUUAUUGUCGAUGUAUUAAAAUUAUUUUUUUGAUUAUUAGAUAAUAAGUAUAAUGAUUGAAAAAUUAAUAUUGUACAAGUUAUUCAAUUAAUGAAAUAUCUAUAGUGGGAUUUAUACGUACAUUUUUAUGUUUAAACUAAAAAUUAUUUUAUAAAUUUGUUAAGUUUUAUUUUGUUUAAUUUGUUUAAAUUGUUUUCUCUUAUAUUUUAGAAUAUCAUUAAAUUAAAUUUAUACAUAUAUAUUUUAUCACUUGAUUUUGUCUACAUUAAUUCGGAUAAUGAGUAAUGAUAAUUUUCCCUCAUUUAUUGAAAAGUUGUGCCAUGAAUAUUCUUUAACUCGUAGUUCAUGAUUCAUUGUAUCUUAAAGAAGUUUUUUUAACAUCCUCAAGAAAAAAAUCAAACAUUUUUCUAAUUAUUUUAAAUUGAUUCUCAUCUCUCUCGCACUUUUAUUCUCUAAUCAGUUUAAUAUAUCUAAAAUCUACUAAUUCCCAUCUACAUCAGUUUUUUACUGGAUAGUAAAUACUUCAUAUCGAUAUAUUUUUGUUGAUUUAUUUAUUUCACGGUGUUCCACUUCGAUUAUUACUGUGUUCCUUCUUAUACUGUUCCAAUUAUUAUUGUUAUUUUAUUUUUAAUAAACGAUGGAUUUGUAAUGUAUGAAUAAUUUAAAUUAAAAGUUG